AUGCCCACCCCAAAACUCAUAAUCUUCGAUUUCGACGGAACCCUCUUCGACUCGCACUCCGCAAUCACCACCUCCGUCCAACUCACCUUCAACUCCCUCCUCCCCUCCUACGAACCCCCCCUCGCCGACCUCAACAGACUAAUCUCCAUCGGCGCCCCGCCAGAGGUCACAUUCAAAGCCCUACAACCGAAACCAGAACCAGACACUCAGCCAGACACACUCCCCGACGGGAAUGCUCUACCCUUCAACGAGAACACUUGGGUCCAGGAAUACCGCUCCAUCUACGCAACCCACGGGCAGCCGCUUACAAAGCCAUACCCCGGUGCGCGCGAUGUCCUAACCACCCUACGGGACCGGGGAUUCAAGGUCGCGAUUAUAAGUAACAAGGCUGUUGGUGCGGUGAAGACGGCGCUGGAGGCGCAUGGGCUGGAUGGACUUGUAGACGAGGAGUUGAUUAUCGGGGAGCCGAUGUUUGGGGGGCGUAGGAAGCCGGAUCCGGCGGGGUAUACGGAUGUUUUGGUUCCGAGGUUGGGGGAGGAUUUUGAAGGAGAGGGAGGGGAGGUGCUUAUGGUUGGGGAUACGGUGACGGAUUUGUUGUUUGCGAGGAAUAUUGGGGCGAAGGUUUGUUGGUGUCGGUUUGGGCAGGGUAAUGCGGAGGAGUGUGAGAAGGAGAGGCCUGAGUUUGAGAUUGAGCGGUUGGGGGAUGUACUUGGGGUGGUGGAUGCUAUGUAG